CUCGCUCGACUGUUCAUGUCUGGUGGUUUAAAGAUGGCUCCGCUCGCAUCUUCAACACGUGAACUGUUCUGUGAAGCAGUUCGGGCGGUAUUAGAAACGUGGCCGGUGCUGCAAAUCGCCGUGGAUAAUGGGUUUGGUGGCGCUCACAGUCAGCAGAAGGCAGACUGGAUGGUGGAUGUGCUUCAGCAGUAUUUUAAUGAUAAUGUUGACCUGCAGCCGUGUGAAGUGGAGGAUUUUAUCUCCGACCUGAUGAAUAAUGAAUUUGACACUAUGGUAGAUGAUGGCAGCUUGCCUCAGGUGGCACAGAAGGUGUGUUUGAUCUUCCAGCUGUGCGAGCGAGGUAAACUGACAGAUGUCAGAGAACACAUCAGCCAACUCUCUCAGAAAAAAAUUGCUGGCCGGGCAAAAGCAGCACCUGCAGGGGAUGAUGAGGAGGCCAGUGAUGAUGAAGAGGCUAUGGAGUGUGAUGGAGAGGGACCGUCAGUCAGCAGUACGGCGCUGAAGGAACAGUCUCAUCCUCAGGCCGUGAAUAAUGAUGAAGAGGAUGAUGGAUGGACGGUUGUGAGCAGGAAAAAAUGACUCGAUUUUUUGGAAUGUGUAACGAGUCUGUUAAAGACAUUUAAGGGAUUUUCUGCCGCUCUUGGAUUCUUGUGAAACUCAUGAUAUGAUUAAGCUGACUGACGUCCUGUCAGUUUAAAAGCUCGGACUGACUUCAGCCACUGCAGCUUCUGUGCAAAAGUUUUUAUUACCUCACUGCAUCUGGUGGGGAAGUUUUUCAUGAGUGUCUAUCAAAUAAGUCCGAGUUACACAUGUAUUGGCUGUAGUCAGGUCUUACCCAAUUUAUAUGCGCUUAUUAGGUAAUUUACCAUGACAACUUACUGGCCUGUUUGUCUUUCUGAUUUGAUGGAUCCCUGUUAUUUAUAACAUGGUCCUUUAUCACCCCCUUGUGGCCAUAUGUUACAUAUCACCACAACUGUUGGAGAAAGCAGGGAAUUCAUUGGUGGAUUUUGAUUUAAUGUCAUGAUUUCUGUUGUAUGCUGUGCGCAAUUGACUUAAUUUGAUUUAACAAUCCUCAUCUUGAAGGACUAGAUCACCUCAAAAUGUCCAGAAUUUAUAAAAGAAUUCAUGGAAACCGAUUGGUCAGAAUGGUUGUGCCAUAUUUACUCCAAUCAAUGGGAAGUGUGAACCAUUUUAAGUUGAUAUCGUUUACUUUUUAAUAGUUUUCAUGUGUUUUGCUGUUGUCAUUUAUUUCAAACUUUAUAUGACAUUAGUCGGAAGCAUUCUACCAACAAUAGGACGCUGCACAGUUGACAGGAGGAUGUGAAAAGCUCAAGCUUAUAACGAAUUAAAACUAAAUAACUCUUUAAAAUGGUUAAAACAAUCAAUUUGUCUAGCCCAUCUCAUCAGAAGAGAGCCCAAAAUCCAUUAUUUGCACCUCAUGACUUUUUUAUUUGAUGGCUAAAUAAAAUAUUUUUGUGGA